AAGAGAGAGAAAAGGAUAGUUCAAAAGAAGAAAUUUUCAUGGCAACGACAAAUUCGAACUCUUUCACCGUUCUUCAGAAUCUCCUUCGGUUUUCUUCGCUCAUCUUGUUGUCGUUCAUCGGAAUCUCCAUGUUGCCUUCGAAUUCCUCUGUUAUUUAGCCCCUCAUAGUUCGUAAAUCGUUCGUUUUUGUAACUUCGACGGCUCAAUAAAAUACCCCAACACCAUAAAAUCAUCGUCUUUAUAGCCUGAUGAAUAAACCCCUUCAUACUUCAUAGUUUCCUUUAAAAUAAUAUUGCGAAUGCAGCAAGUUUGUUGAAUUUUUUUUCGGUUUGUGUAUUGGUUUCCAAUGGAGAACGAAACUGGAUCUGCUUCUAGUUCAGCUCUUGCUUGGCGUUGGACCAUCGAAGCCCUUGCAAGUUUCGAUCAAGUGAAACCAUCUCUAUUACAUGAUGUAAUUAAUACGGCUUCAGAAUUACUUGAUGGUACAAGAAAUAAUGCUGGGGAGAUGGUUGCUUUGAAAUGCUUGGAGGGUUUGUUUGGUCCUUUAGAUGAUAUUGGAGAAAAUGGUCGUCCUGCUCAAGAAUCAAAAGUUAUGUUUGAUUCAUCUGAGAGCUGUCUAGAUGUUGUUAAACGCAUCUAUAAUGAGACUCCAAAAUCUGCCUUAGGAGUUGCUGGACCAGAUAUGUUCAAAUGGGAUGCUAAGCCUUUCAUUGACCAAAAAAGAGCAUCCAUGCGUUGCACAUUACUUCAGCUGAAAGAUUCAAUUCUCGAUGGUACACAUCCUUAUGCUAAUUUCUUAAUGCCGAAGAGUGGGUUGACACCCAUAAAUAAGAGGGAUGGCACUUCUCUGAAUAAUGAGGAUUGUGUUGAGCUUGGUAGGAGACUUGAUAAUAGCUCCUCUAGUCCUCAGGGUAAAAAAGAAGGUAAAGUAAGCCCUCUACUUGAGGAUGAAAGAAGAAUGUCAGUCGUGAUCCCGUCUAGCUCUAGUUUAUUACCUUCUAAAAGGAGUAGCAUUGAAUUUACAUCUGAAGAUGAGGCUGGACAGUUACCUGGUUGUGAUGAUGGGUUCAUAAAUGUUAAGAAGCUUAAGCAUCACUCUGCACAUAAUUUGUAUUCAGGACAGGAAGUGGCUUCUUCACAUGGAACAGAGGUUGUUGAAAAUUCAUCUGAUGAAAGAAGUGAGCCGAAAAUUGAGAGAGAUGAUACCAAUCACUUAGAUAGACAUCAGAUAACUUUGGAGGAAGACAAACUUGUAGAGGAGGAGGGUUUUGGGUCAAAGAAGUCAGGACAGUUUACUGCUACUGAUGAAGAUUCAUCUGAAAGAAGUGGGCCGCAAAUUGAGAGAGAUGAUACCAAUCACUUAGAUAGACAUCAGAUAACUUUGGAGGAAGACAAACUUGUAGAGGAGGAGGGUUUUGGGUCAAAGAAGUCUGGACAGUUUACUGCUACUGAUGAAGAUUCAUCUGAAAGAAGUGGGCCGCAAAUUGAGAGAGAUGAUAUUGAUCACUUAGAUAGACAUCAGAUAAAUUUGGUGGAAGACAAACUUGUAGAGGAGGAGCAUUCUGGGUCAAAGAAUGGUGCGCAAUGUACUGCUACUGAUGAAUUGCAUCUAGGUGAAUCGGGUAUUCCUUGUUAUACUGUGUUGGGUAGUACACAAGAUGGUGAGACGCUUGAAGUUGUUGGUGCCGAGAAAGUGGGAGAUGGAAGUGAACUGCCUUUUGAACCAAAAGCACCUAAUCAUUCUCCUGCUGAAGGAAACCUGGAUAACACCAGCCCUAACAAUUCCAAAAGUGACUUUGGAUACGAUCAUCAUGUAAAUGAAAUGAAUCCUGUGUCUCAUAGUGGAUUUAUGUCAACAACUGUUGCUACGGAUAGUGAUGUUGGCAUGAUUCCUGAUGAGGAAGAGAAAGAUAUGUUGAGUGAUACUGAUGAAUAUCACGAAACAGUAGAUAUUGCCAUGAGAAAAAAGGAAUUCCUUAGUUCUCAAUGUAUGGUUGAUCUGGAUUCUUCUCUAGUAGCUGACAGGACCGAGUUAACAGUUUGUGUGAAGUGUAACGAAGGCGGUCAGUUGCUUUCUUGCAAUUGUGGGGAUUGUCCUUUGGUGGUUCAUGCCAAGUGCUUGGGUUCCUUGGCUGCGAUGAACGAUGAAAGUGACUUUCGUUGUCCUUUCUGCUUGUAUUCAUUUGCUAUAUCAGAAUACCUUGAAGCUAAGAAGCAUGCUGCAUUGGCAAAGAAAAAUGUUACUUCUUUUUUUCGUAGUGCUUUGGAACAUCACUCAAUAGGUUUUAAAGUGGUAUUGCAACCAAAAGAUCUUGAUCCUUCACGAAGAGCUGGAGUUGAGGAUGUUGCUAAAAUUUGUGAAGAUGUGGACAUGGAAAAUAAAGACAAUCAAGUAACUGUAGACGGAGAACAUGUAAACGAAGUUGUUGACCAUCAAUCCACGUCAGUUACAGAUACAGAGCGAACAAUAUCCAUGUCAGUUACAGAUACAGAGCAAACAAUAGUGCUGUCAAAGCAGAUGUAUAUUGCCAAUACCAAUCAUAGGGAAAAUGAGUCAAGUCUUUUGAGAGUAGCCCCUGAUGUUCUAUCAAGUGAGAAAGACGACAAUGAAUUCGUAGACCAAGAGUGUCCCAGAAACACAGCAGCAGAAUUGGUUGACCAAGAGUGUCACGGAAAUACAGCAGUGGAAUUGGUGGAUCAAGAGUCUCAAGGCAAUGCUGCACAACUGGAAGAUGGUGAAAAUGCCACAAAGCAGCAUGGCAUUCAUGAAAUUCUGCAUGAAGAUCGUGAGCCAGUUGAACCAGCAGCUGUGGAGGAAGAUUUACAAUACCAAAUUAAUGACAAUGAAGAUGAAGCUGCUUGUGCAAUUAUCACUGAAGAAGAAAAAUCUUCUGAUGAUGGCAAUGAUGAAUCUAUCAUUUCUAGAUACUCCAUAAGAUUUCGACAGAAAUAUCAUCAUACAAGUUCAGAAACUCAUCCAUUAAUACGGAAGAAACUGCUCUGAACUGCUGUGGAGGAAGAGACACUAUUGAAGGGAGUUCAAAAAUUCUCUAGCUCUAACAGAAGUCCAACCAUACCGUGGAAAAAGAUUUUAGAAUUUGGUAGUAAUGUGUCUCUAAAAGAUCGUACAUCAAUUGAUCUUAAAGAUAAGUGGAGGAACUUGUCCAGAAGUUCAAAGUUUAAGUGAACCUAUUGUCAUUCAUUCUGCUCAGUUAUACAUUUUCAUCUGCCCUUGACUGCUCAUAUCAGUGGGGCAAAUUAAGUUCUUGUUUCUUAAGGUUUCCUCAUGAGUUUUAUAGCAAUCGAUUUUUUCAAGGUUUAAGUUAUUAAUCUGUUGCAAACUUAAUAUAAUUUGACCAGUCAAAAGAUGUGAAAAGAAAAAGACUACAAAAGUAGAGAUUUGGAUGCUCGAAUAUGUACUUUUUUGAGUAAUCAAGAGAUCUAUUCACUUUUCAUUUCUUUUUCAAUUUUGAGCUUAGUUCGUAAUCUUAUUUUAAAGUCUAAAACUUGUAUCUGCACAAUAAGUGCUUAAUACCAUGGAAUCCCAAGUCUUGUGA